AUGGAAACCCAGAACCUCACACGAGUGUCCGAGUUUGUCCUCUUAGGGUUCACACAUAAUCAAGGGCUCCAGAAACUCCUGUUCAUGCUGUUCUUAUUGGUUUACGUCACCACGGUGGUGGGAAAUCUUCUUAUAAUGAUCACAGUAACUUUGGACCCCCGACUCAACAUGCCCAUGUAUUUUCUUCUUCGCAAUCUGGCUGUCAUAGACUUCUGCUAUUCCACGGUCACCUGCCCAAAGAUGCUGGCAGACUUCUUUCGUGAGACCAAGACCAUCUCCUACCAGGGCUGCAUGGCCCAAAUCUUCUUCUUCCACCUCUUGGGAGGUGGCACUGUCUUCUUUCUCUCAGUGAUGGCUUAUGACCGCUACAUAGCCAUCUCUCGGCCCCUCCACUAUGUCACCAUCAUGAACACUCGCCUGUGUGUGACACUGGUGGUGGCUGCCUGGAUAGGGGGCUUUGUUCACUCCAUUGUACAGCUGGCUUUGAUACUUCCCUUGCCUUAUUGUGGCCCCAACAUCCUGGACAACUUCUACUGUGACGUUCCCCAAGUGCUGAGACUGGCCUGCACAGACACUGCCCUCCUGGAGUUCCUCAUGAUCUCCAACAGUGGGAUGCUGGUGCUCAUCUGGUUCCUCCUCCUCCUGACCUCCUACGCUGCCAUCCUGGUGAUGCUGCGCUCCCACUUGGGGCAAGCACGGAGGAAGGCAGCUUCCACCUGCACCACACACAUCAUCGUGGUGUCUAUGAUCUUCAUCCCCUGUAUCUAUAUCUACUCACGGCCCUUCACGCCCUUCCCUUUGGACAAGGCUGUGUCCGUCAGCUACACGGUAUUGACCCCCAUGCUCAACCCCAUGAUCUACACCCUGAGGAACCAGGAGAUGCAGGCAGCCAUGAAGAGAUUAGGAAAGAGCUUAGUGAUGUGCCACAAGGAGUGA